AUGACGGGACGCUUCGUCUUCAACAGGUGGCUUCUCCUCUCGAUCUCCAUAGCCACCGUCAGCUCCGUCCUCGUGGCUAUGGCUGAGGAGAUGGAGCCCACUUCAAAAUCCUAUUCUCUGCGAUCUUCCUUGGACAAGCUUCUCCAAUGGAGGAGGAGGAGCCAACGGGGUGGAGAAUCCGAAGGGGAGGGGGGCCCGCGGAUGGCUGUGGCGGCAGCGCUGUGCUUCGUCGCCGCCGGAGUGUCCAGCGCCGGCGGGGUUGGCGGCGGGUCGCUGUUCCUCCCCAUACUGAACCUGGUGGCGAGGAUAGACCUCAAGAGGGCCUCCAAGUACUCUGCCUUCAUGGUGGCCGGAAAUGCCGCCUCCAACGUGCUGUACAGCGUCUUCUCCGCCAGCACCGGCGCCGGCGGCGGGCACCUGAUCGACUACGACAUCGCGCUGCUGUCGGAGCCGUGCAUGCUGCUGGGGGUAACAUUAGGCGUGAUCUGUAACAUCGCCUUCCCCGAGUGGCUGGUGACGCUCCUCUUCGUCGUCAUCCUCGCCGGAUCUACUUUCAAGACAUGCAGAGCGGGGGGUCGGCGGUGGAGGGAGGAAUCGGAGGAGAUGAGGGAGAAGAAAGGGGAGAAGGUUGGCGGAGUAGAAGAAGGGGGAAAGGACUUGGAAAAGCCUCUGCUGCCCGAGGAGGGAGGGCCUCCGAGGAGGUUCCCCUUGAAGAAGGUGGCGUUCCUGUUGAUGGUCUGGCUUUGCUUCUUCCUCCUGCAAUUCCUCAGAGGAGAUAAGGAAGGGAAGGUGAGGUCUCUGACUUAUUCUUCUUCAUCAUCUGUUUCCUAACUGAACCACGAGAAACUAGCCAUCAAACCUCUGAAGACGGUAAUCAUCAAUCCCUCAUCUCCUCCUGCUAUUCCCCGAUUCGCCCCCGCAUGAGAUAAGGACGGGAAGGUGAGACGUAUCCCCCUUGUUCUAUUUUCUCACUGACCCAUGAUAGCGCCGCGACUAACGCUCGGGCAGAGCUUCCUUCCAUCCCUGAGGAACAGUUGUCACACCCGUAUUCACCGGUGUAAACAUCAAUCCUCGGAAGAGAAUCAUGACCCCUCCUUCAUCCCCUCGGGUGUUCAGCAUCCAAAGAGCUGAAAAUUGGACGAAAUCUAGCAUAAUUCCUUCAAGCUGAUCAUCUUUUUACACGUCAGAAUUCCUCUAAAAAAUACAUUUUUAAAUACCCUAUUUGUUUUUUCCCCGGCCAUUUGGCUGAUUCUCUGAUCAUCUGAUCUGAUCUGAUUGGGGACCCACUGUUGAGAUUGCUCACUAUCAGAAGACAGCUACAGGAACGUACUUUAACCAGUCUCACCGAGCCAGUUCAUCCGUCCUCUUCUCGGAGAACUUGCCCAAAUAGAAUCUUCCUUCCUGGGCAUCUCCACUGAGCCCCUAUCUGAUCUUCAAGGAAUAGUUCUAAUCUAUUAUUCCCGAUAAAAGUGCCAUAAAAAAUAAAAUAUUAAUAAUUCAUAUAAAUAAUCGACCAUUAUAUUUAUAAACAGCGUGUCGUUGAUUAAGUAGGAAAUCAGUGGGACGGCUGUUGGCUACUGGAAUGCCAGGAACCGUCCAUCAGUAGAAAUAUCUCUGAAGAUUAUUUGCUUCUAUUUUAAUUUGAGCAUCUUCUCAGGUAGUCUAUUUUACCCCUGUGAAAAAAAAUUAACUGCAGGGUAUAAUUAAGAUAAAGCGAUGUGGACUCGGGUACUGGCUCACCACCUCGUCCCAAGUCCCAGUUGCCCUCCUCUUCACUACAUAUAUUAUGUAUGCAAAUGAUCGACAGCAGAGACGGCGCCGCCGUCAGGGAGACGAUCACAAGGUCUGCGAAUCGGAAAGACUCUGAUACUUUGUCCAAUUCAUUGAUAUUUAUUGUCUCCCGGAUGAAUUAAUUUGGAAAAAGGCCCGUGAAUUAAUGGAUUGAACACAGAUGAUAUUAUCGGGAAAAAGGAUAAUUUAAUCAUUUUUAUAAUUACCCAGAAUGAUUAUUUUUGGGAAAAUAGAGUUUUGGAUUGAUGGUGAUCUAAUUUCUCAAAAAAAAGAUUGCAUCCAGAAGAAUUAUUUUGGAAAAAUAUGUUCGUGGGUUGAUGGGUUGAUGCUCCGAGAGUUUUGAUGUACCACAGACGGUGGUCGAAGAUCUACCCAAGAUCAUAUUUCCUAUAGCAGCGCUCCUGGCCGGCGUUCUCGGGGGGCUCUUUGGGAUCGGCGGUGGACUCCUGAUGAAUCCCGUUCUUCUUCAGAUUGGAAUAUCCCCUCAGGUGAACCCCUCCUCCUUCCAGCUCAGAGUUCAUAGAUUUCAAGGGAGAAGGCUUUAUAAAUUUCUAGCGCGUGUCUCUAACUGCAAGUUUAUUAAACAAAACUUUAGAGCAUCUUCAACCUCAAAUCUCUUGACUUCAUGCGUAUCUUUCAAAUGUUUUAUUUUAGUGGCAACUACAAGUAUUCACAUUAUUUAAAACACUCCUUCGACCAUUCAUAUUCGUGGUUCAGAGAUUUAAUACUGCUCCAAUCUUCUCUCCCAACUUUCCUGUAAUUUUCAAUCCCAUAUAAAUCUACUACAACUUAUCGAUAUUUUUUGUAGUUUAAAACAUAAUAAUAUUUUUCUUUCGCAAUCGUGCUGACGGAAUCUUCUGUGUUUAUGGACAGAUUACGGCAUCUACAAGCUGCUUCAUGGUCUUCUUCUCGGCAUCAAUGUCCUCGAUGCAGUACUUGAUGCUGGGGAUGAAGGAGGUAAACCAGGCGCUGCUCAUGGCCGCCGGCUGCUCCGUGACCUCCAUGGCUGGGGUGAUCCUCAUCCAAAGAGCCGUCGGGAAGUACGGCCGAGCCUCCCUCAUCAUCUUCACCCUGAGCACCGUCAUGGUGUUGAGCUCCAUCUCCAUCACCGGCUUCGGGAUCAUCGACAUAUGGAAGGACUACAUGGACGGCAGAAGCCUGGGCUUCAAACUUCCCUGCUGA